CUACACUCAAUGAACAAUGUUAUACGUGUUGAAGAAUUACAAUUUGAACUAUAGUAUUGUCUCAAAGGUACCACUUCAUUUCCGAAGUUUGUGUUCUUUGUUGCAGAAAAAAAAUAAUCGACCAUUAGUCGACAUAUCAGUCGAAGAAGGACCCCUACGGUCGGUAUAUCCUGCCAUCCGCGAAGAAAUCAUAGAAGAACAUUUAGUUCUAAAGGGUAAUUCUGAACUGAGAGAUCGAUGCGAGAAACUUCUCGAUUACAACACUAAUGUGGAAACACCAUUCUUAUCUGCUUCUCUUAUAUUUCUUCAUACUUACAAAUUAUUGGAGAAACCAUCCUUGCUAAACCACGAGAACUUAAAAAAAGCGUACAUUUUGGCAUGGUGUCACAAAUUGAUACAUUCGGCGAUAAACAUAAAUGAUGAUAUCAUUGAUAGAUCGAACAUUCGAUAUAAUAAAACAACUUGGUAUCAAUUACCCGAUGUCGGAAAAGAUGCUGCUAUAGUUGAUGCAGCGUUUCUGCUCAAUGGUGCUAUUUUUCUGCUUCAAAAUCACUUACGAUGCCUUCCUCAUCAGUAUAUCAUGCAGAAACAUUUUUUAAGAGCCCACGCCAUAAUGAAUUUAAGUAACAUUCCAGAAUUAAAAAAAAUCAAAAUAAAUGAGGGGGACAAACAUCAACUUGAUAUCAAAUUUUAUAGCUACAAUGUAAUUUCUACUGCGAUGUUUUUGGCCAAUGUUACCGAUGGAUAUUUGCAUGAAGUUUGUGAAGAAAUUUGUAACGACCUUUCACGCUUUAUAAGGAUAGAAGAUGAUGUUGUUGACCUUUAUGAUUCUGAAGGUAAUAUUCGAAAGACAUCAUGUACCGAUAUUUCUUUGGGAAGGCCCUCUUGGUUGACAAUGGAAGCUUACAAAAAAGGCAGUGCUGUGCAGAAGAAAAUUUUAGAGGAAAAUUUUGGUAAAAAUAAUGAAGAGUCUACCGAAAAAAUAUAUUCAAUUUUUGAGGAUUUGCAAUUACUAGACGUAUAUAAAAAGUUGAGCGACGAAUUUUAUGAACAAGAAAUAUACAAAAUCCAAAAGAAAUUACCGAAAUCAAAAAUGCAAGAUGCAUUGUUAGAUUUGUUGACUCUAGUAGUGAAUCAUAAGUGCAUGUAAUAACUGUAAUAAGUAUUAUUAUUGUUAUGUUCUGAUAAAAUACAUAUAACAAAGAAGUGAAUAAAGAUUUCGUACUUAAAAAUAAAUAAUUAUUCCUGAA